AUGCGUAUUUCAGCUGAUGCUCCAAAUGCUGGCUUCGUGAUUGCUGGAAAUAAUGGUAAGGGCAAUGCGGCUCAUCAAUUAUCUUCUCCACAUGGUAUAGCAUUGGAUAGUAAAGGCAAUCUGUAUGUUUUAGAUAAUGAAAACGAUCGAAUUCAAAUGUUCAUGUGCAGUAAUAGUGCUAAGUUUAUCGACUCUCUCUACUUUAUAACAUUAACUAUAAUUUUUAUUCAAUAA